CGUGGAUUAGGCCUUAUAUAAUUAUCAACCUUCACUGCCAUCGAACUCGACUCCUGUAACCUAUAUCAAUCUAGACUCGAAGCAAUUGCACUCUGGCGUUCAGAGUAAUCCCACGAUUCCGACUUACUCGUGGUCACAUUUCCCCGGCAAGAGCCAUAGUUAAGGUCACGACACGCAGCAUGUCCAGCCUUGAGGACCUCGCUUCCAAGGUCGGGAGCCAGGACUUUCCAGUCAAAAUUGUCUCGACGCCUAAACGAGUCCGCGGGGUCUUGAACGGCAAGUACAUCUUCGACACGACAGAGGCCAAACUAGUCUGGGAGCACAAGUAUUUCCCUCACUACUGGAUUCCAAAGUCCGACUUUUCGUCGACCGCCAAGUUCGAACAAGACAAGUCCAAGUCCAGCGAUGAUGCGUCGAUCUCACAUUUGGUCGUCGGUGACAAAUCCGUCUCGACUUUACUGGUCUCAGAGACAGCCAAAUCCGAAUUAGCCGGCCUAGUCAAGAUCGACUUCAAAGCCCUCGACGCUUUGUACGAGGAGCAGGCGCAAGUCCUGUAUCACCCGAAGGAUCCCUACCACCGUGUCGAUAUCCUGCCGACUGGCCGGAAAGUACGUGUCGAGAUCGACGGCGUGGUUCUAGCGGAUACGGGGGACGAGGGCGGUGUCUUUUCACUUUGGGAGACCAAUCUCCCUGGGAGGUGGUAUUUGCCUCGCACGGCGGUGAAUUGGGAGUAUCUCAAGGAGAGCGAGACGCAUACGGGAUGUCCUUACAAAGGUGAAGCGAGUUACUAUCAUGCGGUGGUCAAUGGCAAGGAGUAUAAGGAUGUGGUUUGGUGGUAUGCCAAUCCUACGCUUGAGAGCGCGCUGAUUGCGGGCUUGUUGUGCUUUUACCCUGAUAAGGUCGAUAGUUGGGUAGAUGGGAAGGCGAUUGAGAAGAUUGGUAUGCCAUCGUUGACGGCGGUGAAGAAGCAAGAUGAGGCUGGCCAGGUCAACGGGUCCAAAUAGAACUCUUGGGCCUCCAGAAGCCAUGAUUCAGUGUCUAGUUCAUCAUUUUCAAGAUGGUUAGGUGUACAUAAUGUCACUCAGGCGGUGAAGAGUGCAUUGUGCUGUUUCCUGCUGUUUCCUCCAGUUCAGCUGGUCUCAGUCAUUUUCCUUCUGACAUCAACCCAGUCCUGCAUGAGACCUGUGGCUGGGGAUCAGACACUGACCGGUAUGUCUGUAUGAUAGUGACAA